CUAAAAAGUUAAACCCAAAAUUAAAAAACCUAAACUAAAAAAUUAGCGAUAAGCAUGUAGUAAUUGCCAGCGUACAUAACACGAGAGGUUACUUACUCACUACUCACUAGACAUUAAUUUAAAUAACACAGUAGUUAAUUAGAGAGAGAGACUGUGUGUGUGAGAGAGGCAUAGCAACCAACAGCUAGAAAGAGAGAAUAAGAGAGAGAAAGUUAGAGAGAGAGAGAUUCCAGAUGCUUUGGCAAUGGGGAAAAUUGGAAAUCAAGAUGUGCAACAAGAAGAACAGAGGGAGAACGACGGUGAAGGCUGUUCACGGUGUUCGGUGGUGGUGCUGAGAUUAUUCAGUUUCAAGUGUUUGUUCAUUCUGUUUUUCAGUUUAGCGGCUUUUGUUUCUGGAAUCUUCUGGAUUCUUCCUAAACAUAAUUCAACUGAAUUAAGCUUUGACGCCAAAGAUGUAAUUAAGCAUAGCGCUACGGUUCAGGCAUCCUUCAGGCUGGAAACACCAGUUUCACAGCUUAUUCCAUACAUAGAAAGAUUACAAGAUGAUAUAUUUGGGGAAAUAGCUCUGCCAAAUACAAAGGUGGCUAUACUAUCCAUACACCAAAGUGUUGCACCUAGCUUGUCUGAUGUGGUAUUUGGUGUUCUCUCUGACCCAAUGAACAUUCCAAUAAAUCCAGUGUACUUGAGCGUGCUGAGUUCAUCACUAACUGAACUGUUUCUCCAGCAAUCCAAUCUGACUUUCUCAACAUCAGUAUUUGGAAAUGCAUCUUUGUUUGAAAUCUUGAAGAUUCCUGGUGGGUUAACUGUAAGACCAGUGCAGUCUGCUUCUAUUUGGCAGAUACCCGAGAUUCUGUUUAAUUUUACUCUUAAUAAUUCAAUAUCUGAAGUCCUGGAUAAGUUUGACGACUUUGAGGAAGAAUUGAAGUUUGGAUUGCAUCUGAAGCCUGACGAGAAUGUGUAUGUGCACAUAACAAAUGCACACGGCUCAACAGUAGCUCGUCCUGUAGUAGUGCAGGCAUCAGUCAUGCGAGGGUUUGAGAGCGUUUUGCCACAAAGAUUGAAACAAAUAGCUCAAACAAUAAGAGGAUCUGCGAGAAAAAAUCUUGGCCUUAAUAACUUGGUUUUUGGCAGAGUCAAAGAAAUCAGGUUAUCUUCUUUAUUAAAGGAUACACUACAUGCUCACCCACCUUCUCCCGCUCCUGCCCCAUCCCCAAAGUUAGUUGAUCACUCUGAGCCAUUAAUUUCACCAUACCAUGCUCCUUUUCAUUCUCCAAUAUCCCCAGAAACUUCUGAGAAACCUCCUUGUUUUGACUGUGAUGUAUUCUCACCUUCACCAUCCAUUAUGACCGAGCAUCCUGCAUAUCCCUGUCUAUACAAUUGCUUCAAGCUCCUCCAAGAUGAGGAGAAAUCUAAAAAGUUGGUGUCUCGCGUACUUGCUCCGCCCUCUCAAUCUUCAGCAGGCAGCGUUUUCCACACAGAAAUCUUGCUAAUGGGAUUUUGUUUGCUAUUAGUAUCUUUUGUUUUUAUCAAUGAUAUGAGGAUGUGACUAAUGAAGGAUCAGCAAGCCAUGCAAAGACUAAACAGCUUAAUGAUGUUUCAAAAGUUUUGCGCAGACAAAGGAAGAAACUUCCGACAAGAUUUAACUGUCUAUAUUUUGAUUCUGGCAUGCAACCAUAUUGUAAAGCUUUGGUGGAUUAAGGUCAAAGCCAGAAAGAUGGCAGACCUCUAAUCUAGUAUUUUGUAUCCUAUAUGAAGUGUGAAAUUGAUCCCAAAGGGCUCAACUAACAAACAACAUUAUCCGAAGCAAAAUUGGCUUUAGAUGUCAAAAGAACCAUUCUUUGUACUCAAUUAAGUGUAUAAUACGCAAAGAAAUUAAUGGGUUCUUUGGGCAUCUGAAUCUGUAAAGUAUCUGCAGUAAUAUCCAAUAGAGGACUCUUUUUAUGA